AGCCAAAAACACCAUAAAAUGCAAAACGUUUGAUCCAGAGAUUGACAGCUUGAAUUUGAGAAGCUCAACUGAAUUCCAUGGCUGUUUUUACAUUGUAACCUGAAAAUGGCACAGAAAAUUAAAGAAUUAUUCAAAUUAAAGACUUCAAUGGUUUGAAGUCCAGCAAGAAUCAGAGAAAUGCCAGCACCGGAAUAACUGUUCUUAGAGUUCUGAGAAGCUCCUCGGAAUUGAAACUUGUAGAAAAUGAAAUAAAGCUCAGAUCUUUAAGAGCUACACACUAUAUAAAAUCAUUACAGUAGAGGAGUAUGAAACUUGUCGCAGUCUUUGUCAGUUCUAGCCACUGUCAUCUCUCUUGUGGGAGAAUUGUUGCAGUAGCGGAGUAUCAAACUAGGGUUUUGCCUGAGACAACAAAAGUGAAAUCUUUCUUCCUAAAGACUGAACCCUCAUUUCUGGUCUCUAAUGGAGUGUAAGCACUUGGAACUCAAUAUCAUGUCUGCGCAGGAUUUGAAGAAGCCGCGCCAUCUGUUUGCCGGAAAAUUGAAAACCUACGCUGUAGCGUGGAUCCGCGGCGGCGAAAAAAUUUCAACUCAGAUCGACUGUACUGGAGGUGUGAAUCCGACCUGGAACGAUAAACUAAUGUUGAGGAUCGAGGAUCGAUUCCUGCAAAGCAACACUUGUGCCCUAACUGUGGACAUUUACUGCGUUGGAUGCAUCAAGAACACUCUGCUUGGAAGCGUUAGGGUUUUGAUUUCGGAUCUGGCCAAGGGAAAUGCCGUGAAUUUCUUUGCACUUCAUGUGCGCCGUCCCUCUGGCCGUCCUCAGGGCAUCCUCAACAUUGCGUCUCUGACUGUCGAUGAGAAGAACAGUGGAGGAGUUGCACACCUUCACAAAGGCAAUAUUGUUUACCAACGGAGAAAAUCAGAGGAUUCCUGGGCCUCAGCGAUAGUUCCGACUCACAAGUCCGAGGCUGAAGGUCCCGAGGUCGAAUCCUUUGAUGGCCAUGUCAAGCAGGGCGUUGGAUGCUAUCCAGUGCUGAGAAGAAAGAUCGGAACAGUGGUAGUUGUCUACGAAUUGGAAAGAUAAAAUACAGUUAUUUAAACCUUUGGAUUGACAAAUUAACACCGAUCUCCCAUUAAUUCUCAGUUUUCUUUAGGAUUUUUGCAGCCUAGCUACUUUAAUUCUGCGCAGAGCUUAUUUAUUCUUUGUUCGUGCCGUCUCUGAUGUAGGGACUUUUUUAACACUGAUAAUGAAAUCCUAGAUCCAACUUUUGAUUGAA